UCACACCAUGACGUAAUGCGUCCAGUGUGUUUGAGGAAGCGGGAGAAACUGCAUCAGAGGAACAAAUCAGUCAGACUUUAUUAAUCGUAGAGUUUUAUUUGCGUUGGUUUAAUGUUAGUACAGUUAAAAGUUUUACAACAUUGUCCAACGUCUCUAACCGAAAAGUGAAAGAAUAAACCCCUGGUUGCACAGGAGGAUGCAGAUCAGCGGUUAUCUGUGCGUUCUUUUAAUCUGGUGUGGAUUAACCUCUUCUGCGCCGACUGAAAAUGGAACGGGAUCUGGCGGCGAUAAGCCCCCGCUUCUUCUGGUGUCAUUUGAUGGCUUUCGAGCGGACUACCUUAAAAAAUACACAUUACCUAAUCUUGAGAAGUUCUUCUCUUACGGUGCGCUCGUAAAGGAACUGACCAAUGUUUUCAUCACCAAAACCUUUCCCAAUCAUUACAGCCUGGUCACGGGUCUGUACGCAGAGAGUCACGGGAUUCUUGCUAGCAUGAUGUACGACCCGGUGUCGAACAUGAAUUUCUCUCUUCAAAACAGCUCUGAUCCUUUCUGGUGGAAUGAAGCCAAACCGAUCUGGGUGUCCGUGGAGGAAUCUGGGUACAGAGCGGCAUCUGCUAUGUGGCCUGGAACAAACGUAAAGAUUCAAAAUCACACAUUAGAAUACAAAUUUGACUACGACCCAAAUGUGAGCUUCAGAGAUAGGCUGGGAAACUUGACGGGGUGGAUGACGGAGAACAAAUCUGUGAAGUUUGCCUCUCUGUACUGGGAGGAACCGGAUCGCAGUGGCCACCGGUACGGACCGGAGAACAGCACGGAGAUGACCCGGGUUCUGCGGGAGGUGGAUAAUCUUGUAGGUGUGUUGAUGGACCAUCUCAACAAAACUGGAUUAUGGGGGAAAAUAAACAUUAUCAUCACUAGUGAUCAUGGUAUGACUCAAUGUUCUGAAGAUCGACUCAUUAAACUGGAUAAUUGUGUCACUCCGGACAGCUAUCGUGUGGUGGAUCUCACUCCUGUAGGUGCCAUUAUUCCACUGACAGAUAACUUGACUGUAUAUAAAAAUCUGUCCAGCUGUCAUGAUCACAUGAAGGUUUAUUUAAAGAACGAUCUUCCUGAUAGACUACAUUAUAAAAACAAUGAAAGGACGCAGCCAAUCAUUUUGAUGGCGGAUGAAGGCUGGACGAUUGUCAAAAAUGGCCGACUUCCACGAUUGGGUGAUCAUGGUUAUGAUAACACCCUUCCCAGCAUGCACCCCUUCCUGGCCGCCCAAGGCCCUGCCUUUCGCAAGGGCUACAAGAUGUCAAGUUUUAACAAUGUGGAUUUGUAUCCUCUCAUGUGCCACCUCGUCGGCAUCCUUCCUGAGCCCAACAACGGCAGCUUUGCACACGUGCGCUGUAUGUUAGUCAAUGAGCAAUGCAAUGAGCUGGCGUUAGCAGUGGGCGCUGUGAUCGGGGUCUUGAAUCUGACCACCUUUACCUGUCUGUUCAGACUGAUGAAGAACAGAGACGUUUCCUCUCCGCGUCCAUUUGCACGCUUGGAAUUAGAGGAUGAUGAUGACGACGAACCUCUACUGCAAUGAGGGACAACAUGCAUGUACUCUUUUAGGACGAAGGGGAUUUCAAUUGAUUUAUGCACAUGCAAAAUGUAAAAAGAUAAACGUUUUGUCAUUUACUUGUUCUAAAGAUGAGGUUCAGAAUGACGUGUCCGCAUGUAGUGACAUGACCGCAAGUAAUGACAAAACUUUUUUAGGUGGACUUUCAAUGCCACAAAUGGUGCAAGAAUGACAAUCAUAUUGAAAGGUUAAAGAAAAAAUUCAGCACAGUUACAGAGCCAGAAAACAAAUAUAUUGCACAAUAAUGAUUGGUCAUUAUUAGCACUGAAAAACAAAACCAGCUGCUCUCAUUUUUAGCCAUGAUAAGUAAAAUAUCCUUUUGAGGUCAAUGUCUUCAAUAUACUGUAGCAUCAGCUAUUCAAUUGUUUUAAACUUUUAAAGCUUUUUCGUUUUAGUGCUAAUAUUUUAACACAAACAUAAAUGUUGCCAAUAAUUAAGAAACUGUCUAAAACUAUUGUUUAACAAUACAAUACAAUAAAUGAUCUGAUAUUCUGUUUAACAAGCAUGUAGCGCUGAUUAAAAAACAAACACAUCGCGCAACUUCAAAAUAUUAUUAUAAGCAUAUUUCUAAAAAGUGAUGCUUUGCAUUUUGUAACUAUGCAUAAUAUGUUACUAGUCGAGUUACUGACUUGAUCACGCUUUAACUUUUCAUAAGAUGUAAAGGAGACGAACACGAGCAAUAAUAAUAAGAAUAGCUUUUCUGUUUGAAACCUUACUUGAAAACACACUUUACUUGUAAUGACUAUGAAUUGUUAUUUAGUAAAUGACUCUGUAUACUGUAUAUCUGUUGUCACUACAGAAAUGCACAAGAGACUUCAUUUAAAGAAUUAUUUCUUGUUAUUUUAUUCUUUUAAAAGAGGCAUUGUCUUUACAAUAGAGACAGAUAUGUUGUUUUAUAUGUACAGGAAUAAGUCUCACAUUUCUUUUUAUAACCCUACAGAUGUGUUUUUUUUUUUUUUUUUUGCUUUUAUAUUAUAAGAUUAUGCAUGAUGUAAGAAGGUUGAAUGUUUAACUGCACUGCACAUAAUGUAAAGUUAGUUUUGCUUUUGUUGCUUAUUGCACUUAAGGGUUCAGAAAUCUUUUUACGGGACAAGGUAACCUGACGCUUCUGAUGCUGUUAUAAGGGGUUUUGUUAUGCGUGAUAAUGAAUAUGUAUAUUUAAGGAAAUUGUAUUUUUCUAUUUAAUUGAUGCUAGGUGUGCUUUUCUCAUUUUUGUUGCUGGUUAUAUUGGGAAAUAAGGAAAUAAUGUCACUUUUUACUUUGUGUUUUUUUUUUUAUUAUGAAUGUCAUGCAUUGAACUUUGAAUGUGACUUCACAAAGCAGUUUUAGGACUCCUGCACUGAACUUUGGCUCAGGUUUUAAUGAAAACCUGUUAUUGAGUUACUGAAUUAAAUUUAUUUAUCAUUGCUUAUACAGUAUUUCAUUAUGAAAUGUUUGUGGCUAUGAAUCCAAAGCUUUUACAUUUAUUUGACUAUGCAAAGCAAAAGCUAGAAAUCAUUUUAUUUCACACAAAUUGGCUAAUGGUAUUUGUCAGCUGAAAAUCAAAUAAAAUAUCUAUUUCAGGUA